CCGAAAAGCAUCAACAGGAAGUUCUUUGUUACCAUCCUCUAUCGAGUUUUCAAACCAAAAUAAAAAAAUGUACAAAUUCUGAUGUAAAAUGUGUCUCCAUGAGACAUUUGUUUGUCACAACUUAAAUCCAGUUUUGAUAUUUAAAAGGACGUUUGAUUGCGCUGUUCUAGCUUUUCUUUAUCUGAACGCCGUGACAAAGAAAGUAACUCUAGCGUACACAUUUACUUUAUUUUUUAUUUGAAUAAAGAAUCGCUUCCAAGAUGGAUCGGGACAGAGCUAUCCCGUCCCCCUCCAACCUGCCGGAGUCCCCUGGUCACAACUCUCCUGGUAGCGCCUUACUGCUGGGUCUGAAGAGGGUGUCUGUGAGGCUGGUCGACUGCAGGAAAACACCAGGGCAGAGUGGAACUGUGAGAAAAGGACACGAGGAGGAGGGAGAUUUGAUUUCAUCAAGGGACACCCCUAACCGUCGUUCUCUCAGUGGGAGGGGCUUAUCAUUUGGGGAGCUUCAACCACAUCAUGUUGCUGACAAGACAGAGAAGAGUCUCUCCAGAUCAGAACACCCCAAGAAACACCAGCAGAGACGUAUAGGAAAGAAACCUCACCACUGCUGCUCUGAGUGUGGGAAGAGUUUCACAAGCCAGAGUGGCUUCAUUAUUCACACGGCAGAGAAACCGUACUGCUACUCACAGUGUGGAAAGUGUUUCGCUGCUUCUAACACCUUCAAAUCUCAUCUGAGAAUUCAUAAAGGGGAGAGGCCUUACCCCUGCCUUGAUUGUGGGAAAAGAUUUUCUUAUUUGGGAGCCCUAAACAUACACCUGCGAACACACACAGGAGAGAAGCCUUAUAGCUGUGAUCAGUGUGGAAAGAGCUUCAGUCAAUCUGGGACCUUAAAUUCACACCAGCGAACACAUACUGGAGAGAAACCUUAUAGCUGUGAUCGGUGUGGGAAGAGAUUUGCUCAGUCAAGAGAGCUGAAUAGACACCAGCGAACGCACACAGGAGAGAAGCCUUAUAGCUGUGAUCAGUGUGGGAAGAGCUUUGCUCUAUCAAAAGCCCUAACUAUACACCAGCGUAUACACACUGGAGUGAAGCCUUAUAGCUGUGGUCAGUGUGGGAAAAGCUUCAAUCAGUCAGGCAACCUGACAACACACAAGCUAACACACACUGGAGUGAAGCCUUAUAGCUGUGAUCAGUGUGGGAUGAGCUUUGCUCGAGCUUCCACCCUGAAUAGACACCAGCUAACACACACUGGAGAGAAACCUUAUAGCUGUGAUCAGUGUGGGAAGAGCUUUGCUCUAUCAGAUAAACGAACUAUACACCUGAGAACACACACUGGAGAGAAGCCUUAUUGCUGUUAUCAGUGUGGAAAGAGCUUUGCUGUAGCUUCCACCCUGAUUAGACACUAUCGAAAACACACUGGAGAGAAGCCUUAUAGCUGUGAUCAGUGUGGGAAAAGCUUUGCUGUAGCUUCCACCCUGAAUACACACCAGCGAACACACACUGGGGAGAAGCCUUAUAGCUGUGAUCAGUGUGGGAAAAGCUUUGCUGUAGCUUCCAACCUGAUUAGACACCACCGAACACACACUGCAGAGAAACAUUAGAUAGAUAUGCAGUACAGGUAAGCCCUGUUGAUAGCUGCGAACAAGCUAUUUUGGGUGUGUCAAAGAUCAGUGGUUGGUUAGCUAGGGGCUUUUAAAAAUGUACGUUAGCUAGAAAGCCACUGACUGUAACGUUAGUUGUGUGCAACGCACUUUACCUUCCUUACAGGUAAAAAGAAACCCAGCAUAGGACAGCAUAGUGACUGACAUUUCAUUAUUGACAAGUCCUUUGUGAGCUAACCAGCUAUAUAACGUUAACUCGCCGUUCGUGUAGUCAGACUUGCUAACUUUAGCCCAGCACUAGGGCAAGAGUAGUUAGUUAGCAUGUCACCACGUAAAAAGUCUGACUACACAAAUGUUGAGCUAAUGUUAACUAACAUAGCUAGCUAGCUAAACAUUAGCUAAAUAUCCCUGCCCUGGUGGGCUAGCUAACAUGUCACCACUUGGAAAAGUGUGAUUACACAAACAGUGAGCUAACAUUAACUAGUUGGCUAACUAGCUCACAAAGGACUUGUGGACUCAAUGUUUUUCCAAUACAAACUACAAAAACGGUUUUGUUCCAGAGUGCUUCUGUUGUACAUGAUUAGUCAAAUGACCUGUGAAGUCAGUUAGACACGUCAGCAGGGAUGGAAAUUAAGCUAUCCCAACGCUAGUACUUUUCAGAUUGGGCUAGCCCGACACAGCAGUGAAAUGUUGCCUUUACAAACAACGAAUGCCACAGAUUUAGGUCCCAUAUGUUACCCAGGCUAGUAGAAAUUGCGGUCUGCAGGCCAGUGACCAAAAUCCUUAAGUUCCAUUCCUGCAUGUCAGUUCCUUUCAGACGAUCCCCUUACAACUGUUGGUCAGUCUCAGUGACCUUGUGGCUGAGGGUUUUAACUUUCCUCUUGAGAAUUAGAAUCAGAAGUACAGUCAUAUAGCUCAUUGCAAGACUUCACCUCUUCAGGCAAAUAGUACUCUAGACUGUCCUGAUCAUCUGCUCUGAAUAAAAAUAUAAAACGCAA